UUCAGCAUAUAUGGCAUUUACAAGUCUUAGACAAUUUAGUGUAAUUCCAACAGACGCAUCGUCAGUUAAUAAACCAUGCUGGUUUCACGCCAUCGUUACCACUUUAGUAAAGUGACCAUUUUUCUACUAGUUUCUUGGUUUUGGAAUUGCCAGGGACUUUCAAAAUGGCAAAAUGGACAAGAAAAUCCUUUGUUAAAAGGCUACUACAGCGGGGCUCUUAAGUUGCAUAAUCUACUGAAAGCACUGUCUGUCGAAGAUGUUCCAGAGAAUUACCUAGAUCUUUACAAUGACGUUGCUGCAAUUGAAUCAGAGGAUAUCGACGACACAAAACCAGCGCUUUCUUUAUUUUGGGAAGGCAUGAAAACCGAUGGCGAUAGAGACAAUAUAUUUGGCGAAAAGGAAAUGGUUGCUAAAAGAAAUGAUUUGAACUCAAUUUGUCGGAAAGGAAAUGUUUUCGGUAGUUGGUUAGUCCGAUUAUGUAACGAUAGAAGGAGUGUCAGAUAAUAAAGCAAGCCUUCUUCAAGAUCUAAAACAGUCAUUUCUAAACAACAGACUCGUUUCAGACUUUUGUGUCUUGUUAUUCAUCAUGGUUAAUACAAAAUACAUAAACUUUGAAAAAAUCGGUAUUACGAAAAUGUUAAAGAACAAGGACACAUGCAUAAAUUAUUUCAAUAUUGAAAAAAAGAAAAUAAGAAAAAGUAAAAAAUAAGCAAGCAUUUGAAGCAGCUUUUUCCUGUUGUAUUUUAAUAUAAUUAUACAUACAUUUAAAAAAUAUGAAAUUUAAUCUUUCAUGCCUUUCCUUUAUUAGUUAUUUUAAUAUGCAUGUCUCAUGUAUAAAUUGAAACAAAAUGGUAAAAAUUGUAAAAAUUACUAUCCAAAAGGAAUUCAUAAACUUAAAUAAAAGAAGAAUCAAUA